AUGUCGGAAGAGUGCAAAUCUGCCGAGGGCGACUAUGUGAUGAUGGGAAAGCCCGGAGCCGCUCCAGGCCGCGGCGCUGCUGGACUUCCCCAUGGCAUUGAUGACCCAAACCUUCCACAAGAAGAGAAGGAUCACCGUCUGGCGAUUGCUCUGCAGCAACAGGAGAAUGCUGCUGCUCUGGAGGAGCACAAGAAGAAGCACGAAGCUACCAAAAAGGCUGACAUGCACCGCACUGCUCGGUCGGGAACCUUCAGCCGCUUGGCCAACGUUCGCGACAAGGACCAUGGAAUGCUUUCGGUUCCCGCUGACUACACCACUGACAAUGCCUACGUCAACGCAGCAAACGAGCCAAAGAUGUCCACCUAUGCCCCUCCCCCAAAGAAUGCCAAGCCCGAAGAAAUCCAGGAUUACAAGCUCGCCGCCGAACUUCAGAGGUUUGAACAAGUCGGUGCUGGAACCGUCCGGGAAAUGGAAAAGAUCGCCCAGGAGGAAGAGGAAGCUGCCAAGGCUCAGGCUCACCGCACUGGUCUGAGCACCUACAAGAAGUAG